AUGGCUCGUGGCAGCGGCAAAAAGAGGGCUCAUCGCUCUAAACGAGCGACUAAGCAAUUCUUCAACCAAGGAUCGCAAGAUGGCUCGGCGAGCGCUCCCGGUGAAGGCGAAUCAUCAACAGCACAAAAUCCUCAUCCUGCUCCUGUCCCUUCGUCUUCCUCUUGUCUUGAACAUCCACAUCCAACCCCAUGUCAAUCACAGACAGCCCAUGACGAAACAAAGCCAAAAGCUGUGAUUCUUCCAAGAGGCUACACAUUCGUGACACCUCUUUUGCACCGAGCAGAGAAACUUCAACUCAUCACAGAAUAUCUCUGGAAGCGAGCUGAGAAGGACAUCAUCAGCCAUUACAGAACUGCACCUCUCAAAGCUACCGAGGAGCUGGUGGCCCAAUUCGCCUUCGCGUACUCGAUCAAACCUCCCGGCUGGACGACCCGCGUGUGGCGAGUCGAUCCCGAGAUCAUUCGACGCGUCGCGAGGGGACUCUGGAAAGAGGGCGGUUUGCACAACGUCUUCAGGGCCAACGGCACAGAAGGUCGCGGCUUGGAAGCUCGAGACAUUGUCCUCACCGCCAACAAGAACCAAAACCUGGGCGACUGGGAAGCCGCGGCUUACAUUUGCAACUGGUUUCUUUACUGCGCGGCCGAGUACGAGGACAGGGAGGACAUCCAGAGAGCGGGUCCCACCAUCAUCGUCGGGCUGAUCAACUACACCUACAUCUGCAAAUUCAGGGCGUACUGCGGAGAUAACCCGAGUUUCGAAGACAGGACCUACUGGGAUUGGUUCCGAUUCGACCGAAGGACCAGAAUGAUGCCGGCGAGACAGAACCUGCUCGUGCCCGACGCGGGAAAAGUCAAGGACCACUUUGAAGACGGAAGCUUUUAUCCCGACCUUUCAGACAUCGAAAGUGAAUGUGAAUUCGAAGAUUGUCAAGCUUACAUCACAGAAGAAGCGGAAGAGGGUCAGGGUUCUUCUUCUGCUGUUGUUCCUCCUACGACUACUACUGCUGCUCCACCUGCACCUCACCACGACGACAAUGCUGCUACUGCUGCCGGCCCUGCUGGUGCUGGUGCUGAGGUCAAAGGAAAAGGCAAAGCCAAGGCCACUCAAUACUCUUAUGCAACUUUACCCGGUCAAGGCAAUGUCAUGAGUCCAACGAUUGGUGUCGACAAUCCUGAUGUUCCUCUUCCUCUUCCUACUACUACCAAUGUCGGUACUACCAAUGUCGGUACUACCAAUGUCGGUUCUACCACUUCUGCCAUUGCCGACACUGCGACUGCUACAACUACCGCUGGUGACAACAAAAAGAAGAAGAAGAGAAAGAAUCGCAAGAGGAAGAAUAAGAACAAAAAGAAGAAGAACAACAAGGGCAAAGGAAAAGCCACGGAUGUUGUUGAUGGAGAAGAAGAAGAAGAGGAAGACGCGUCUGUCAUUUACUACUCGGCCAACAAUUGCGACAACGACGACGACGAAGAUGAUGAUGAGUACGGUGACGAAGACAAUGAUGAUGACGAUGAUCGAGAGGGACUCGACGCGCGAGAGGCCCAGAAGAAGUUGCCAUCCCUCUACGAACAAAUCAUGUCGUCAUACGCCGAGUACUCGCACAAGAAGGCCGAAGAGUCCACCGUCAAGGCGGCCCUGGAGGCCCUGGAGGCACACCGGGAGUCCUUGGCCCGCUCGAGGGCGGCGGCGGCGCACGAGAAGCUCCAGCGGGAGUUGAUGGCCGUGCUGGAGCGGGUCAAGGACAAGCCUGCCAGGGUGAGGCGGGCCAUCCUGGCCAGGGAGCACCAGCGCCUCCUGGCUUCCGAGACCCUGGCGGCGGCGAGGGGCGCUCAGAACCCGAGGCCCACCUCGUCCGCCACCAGGGUCGAGGAGGAGGGAGAAAAGUCGGUGGAGGAGGAGGCCGCGGAGGCGGUGGUGUUGGCUGGGGCUGCGGCGGCUGCUGCUGCUGCUCCUCUCCGACGCCCCCGGUUCAACCUGGGCACCGACCCGGGUUGGAUGGGGGAUUUGGAGAGGAUGCAGAUACAAGUUCUGCGCGUUGGUGGUCGGGGUGGUGGUCGGGGCGGUGGUGCCGGUGAGAAGAAGGAAGAGAAGUAA